AUGAACUAUUAAUCUCAAAAAUUUGAUAGAGAAAAAUGUAGUAAAGAUUCAAGAAUUCUAAGUAUUUUAGAAACUGGGGGUAUAAGAUUUAAAAUAAUUUAAUAGAAUAAAUAUUACUCUCUACAUGCUUAUGGAAGUUUAGCCACAUUAAUAAAUAAUAAGAAAGAAUAUUGGUAAUAACAAACAAAAAUUUAUACAAUAUAACUCCUUAAAGUACACUUGUAAAUUUUUUUUCAAAAGUUGUUUCUAGUGUAAGAGUGAAAAGGUAUUGGGAUAAAUAAUAUAUUUUAGAAAAAUAGCAAUUUAAUAGGUUGAUGGGAUUACAAUAAGUAAAUGUGGAUUUGAAUUUGUAAUUCAUGUACCAGAUGAAUAUGAUUACAGAUAUUCAUCAUUAGAUUUGUAAGAAAUUGAAUAUAUCAAUUAGUCGAGAGAAAAUAUUGUUUAUACUAUCUGAUGCUUAUAAUAAACUUUUAAAUAAGAAUUUAAAAAUUUAUCUUACAGAUGAUCUAACACUGAUUCCACAUACUAAAACAAAAGUUGAUGCUAAGAAAGGAAUAUAAAAAAUGCAUCGAAACCAUUUAAAUAUUGAUCCAUAAUCUUUAGUUAAUUAUGAUUUUUCAACAAUGAAAUAAAAUGAAGAUAAUUAAAAGUAAUUAAUAAGAAAAAGUUAUGAUUACUAUCAACAAUAUAAACUUUUGAAAUAUUUAUAUUAAGGGAUGUUAGGAUAAGUUAUUAUGGUUUAGAAUAUAAAAACAGAGAAAUAUUAUGUCUUUAAAUUAAUGUAGAAAUAGGAUGUAAUAACAACUGAUCAUUUAAAUCAUACUUAGAUAGAAAGAAAACUUUUGGAGAUAUUUGAUCAUCCAUUUAUAAUAAAAUUAGUAUAAGCAUUUGAGACAGAUGAUUAAAUAAUAUUUGUAUUGCCUUUUUAUUAAGGAGGAGAUCUUUAUACUCAUUUGAAGAGGGAAUCUAGAUUAAAGGAAGAGAGAGUUAAAUUUAUUAUAUCGUAAUUAAUAUUAGCUAUAGGUUAUAUGCAUGAACGUGAAUAUGUAUAUAGAGAUUUGAAACCUGAAAAUAUUCUUCUAGAUUCGGAUGGAUAUGUGGUAUUGACAGAUUUGGGAUUGUGUAAAUAAUUACCAAAUAAUGAUUAAUCUUAUAGUUUUACAUAUAGUUUUACAGGUUCUGUUGAAUAUAUAGCUCCAGAAAUGAUUACAGCUAUUGGUUAUAAUAGAAUGAUAGACUGGUGGAUGUUAGGAAUAUUAACAUAUGAAUUAAUUUUUGGUAUUACUCCAUUUUAUAGUGAUAAUCAAAGUUAAAUGUUUGAAUCUAUCUAAGAAAGAGAAGUAAGAUUUUCAACAAAUAUUACAAUCUCAAAUGAUUGUAAAGAUUUCAUUAAUAAUCUUUUAAAGAAAGAACCAAAAGAAAGAUUAGGUUAUAAAAAAGAUUCAUUUGAAUUAAAGGCUCAUUUAUGGCUAAAAGAUGUUAAUUUUACAGAGAUUCUUAAAAAAACUAAUUAAAUUUGGAAAUUAAAUUUAAAUGAUCCUUUAGACCUUAGGUUUUUUGAAUCUGAAGAUUUUAAUUUAGGUAUUUUAAUUAUUAAUAUUCAAGAAUCUUUUAAUUCUUUGUAACAAGAUAAAACACUUAUUUAAAAGUUUAAUUAAGUAUUUCAAAAUAUUGAAUUUAAUCUAUGA